GAGAGCGCAUUUCUUCCCGGGGUUGAAUGUUAAGUUGUUUGUCCGUUUCGGGCUGCCGUCUUGCAGGUCCGCCAUAUUGUCUGCUGAAGCUGCCGCUGAAGCUGCCGCCGCUGCCGCCGCCAAGUAGGAGCGGAGCCGCGAUGGAGACCAUGGCGAGCCCAGGGAAAGACAAUUAUCGAAUGAAGAGCUAUAAGAACAAUGCCCUAAACCCUGAGGAAAUGAGGCGAAGAAGAGAAGAAGAGGGCAUUCAGCUCCGGAAGCAGAAGCGGGAACAACAACUUUUUAAACGGAGAAAUGUGGAGAUGAUUAAUGAAGAAGCUGCCAUGUUCGAUAGUCUCCUCAUGGACUCCUAUGUGAGCUCUACCACUGGGGAGAGUGUGAUCACAAGAGAGAUGGUAGAGAUGCUUUUUUCUGAUGAUUCUGACCUGCAGUUAGCAACCACACAGAAAUUCCGGAAACUGCUCUCCAAAGAGCCUAGUCCUCCAAUAGAUGAAGUUAUCAACACUCCAGGAGUGGUGGAUCGGUUUGUGGAGUUCCUGAAGAGGAAUGAGAAUUGUACAUUACAGUUUGAAGCUGCCUGGGCUCUAACGAACAUUGCCUCUGGAACCUCUCAGCAGACCAAAAUUGUCAUUGAAGCAGGGGCUGUCCCCAUUUUUAUAGAGCUGCUUAACUCGGACUUUGAGGAUGUACAGGAACAGGCAGUCUGGGCACUGGGAAACAUAGCUGGAGACAGCUCCGUUUGCCGAGAUUACGUCUUGAACUGUUCCAUCCUUAAUCCUUUGUUAACACUCCUUACAAAGUCCACACGACUGACAAUGACACGGAACGCAGUCUGGGCACUGUCAAACCUCUGCCGAGGGAAAAACCCACCCCCAGAGUUUGCAAAGGUCUCCCCUUGUUUGCCUGUGCUGUCUCGCCUACUCUUCAGCAGCGACUCAGACUUGCUGGCAGAUGCUUGCUGGGCCCUUUCUUAUCUGUCCGAUGGCCCCAACGAGAAGAUCCAGGCGGUCAUAGACUCUGGAGUCUGCAGGAGAUUGGUAGAGCUUCUAAUGCAUAAUGAUUACAAGGUGGCUUCUCCUGCCCUGAGAGCUGUGGGUAACAUCGUCACUGGGGAUGACAUCCAGACCCAGGUUAUUCUUAACUGUUCAGCCCUUCCUUGUCUCCUCCACUUGCUGAGCAGCCCCAAGGAGUCAAUCCGGAAGGAAGCUUGCUGGACCAUUUCAAAUAUCACUGCUGGCAACAGAGCUCAAAUACAGGCUGUCAUAGAUGCAAAUAUAUUCCCUGUGUUGAUUGAAAUCCUUCAGAAAGCAGAGUUCCGUACAAGGAAAGAGGCAGCCUGGGCCAUCACCAAUGCCACAUCAGGAGGAACCCCUGAGCAGAUCAGGUACCUGGUCUCACUGGGCUGUAUCAAACCCCUGUGCGACUUGCUGACUGUGAUGGAUUCAAAGAUUGUGCAAGUGGCCCUCAAUGGACUGGAGAACAUCCUUCGGCUUGGAGAGCAAGAGGGCAAGCGCAGUGGCUCAGGGGUCAAUCCCUACUGUGGCCUCAUCGAGGAAGCCUAUGGCUUGGAUAAAAUUGAGUUUCUCCAGAGCCAUGAGAACCAGGAGAUCUACCAGAAGGCCUUCGACCUCAUUGAGCACUACUUUGGUGUAGAAGAUGAUGAUAGCAGCCUGGCCCCCCAAGUGGAUGAAACACAACAGCAGUUCAUCUUCCAGCAGCCUGAGGCCCCCAUGGAGGGCUUCCAGCUAUAAUGUCUGCCUCCGGGGAGGGGAUGGGAUGGGAAGCACCACCAACCAGCGGAAAAGCAGCCCUCUGGUGGGCGGGAAACCAUCCCCCCACCGUCAGCCACCACACACCUCUGCUGCCCUGGAAACUGUGCUCUUGACCUGCUCCGCCCCCUUCCCUGGAGGGAGCACCCUCUGGACAGACAGAAUCAUCUGAGGCUCACAUUUGGGUUUUGUGACAAGAAGGGGACGUGUUGGGUUUUUGUUCCUUACACUAUAUUUUGGCUGCACAUGUGUCUUUAACCCAGGAGCCCAGGCGUAGACAAAGGAGGACUGAGGUAAUCAAUUUUGCACCUUUUUUAUUUUUAUUCUUUAGUGGUGACUUCCUUCCCUUUUAUCUUCCUUCAUCCUUCCCAGUUCUCUGCCCUGAUCUGUGUAACUCUUAUCUUGGGUACUUGAGCAGAUGGAAUAUUCCAGAAGUAGGGGGUGGGAGGGGAGGGGAGAAAUCCAAAACAAAGUGUUCUUGCUCUGACAGAAUAUUAAUCUUGUAUGCUUGGAUUAUUUAAUUUUUUUUCCUUUUGCACAUUUUUCUUGUAUUAAGAUGGCUCUUUCCAAGAGCCAUGAGUUCCUGGUUUUAGGAAUCCCAGCUGCCAGCAUUGUCUGGGACUAGAGGUUGAGGGGGAGGUCACCAUGAGACAAGGGCCCCUCCCUCCUAACGCCUGCCCAGACCUCUUUAGUUUGGGAGAUCCCCCUCACUCUCCUGGGGCAAGUACACCAGCGGGAGUGGAGGGGAGGGGCACGCCUUCGGACGGGGCUUCCCAUGUGUCGCUACUGAUCCCAUGUUUCCUACCCACCUUCCAAUGGUGCGACCCAACUUCAUUUGUUUACUUGAAAAUUCCCCUCGAGGUUGAAUGAACCUCUGAGGUAGCUGUAUUUUCUCCUAAGCACGAGACGGGGCUGUGGUCCUUCCUUUCUCCUGAGGAGAAAGUCCUUGCUCUGGUGACCCAUCAGUUGCCAAGGAGGUUGGAGUGAGAGUGUCAUGGAUUGGGUGGGGUAACCAGGGAUCCCUGCCUUUGGCCUUUCUUCCUCUUCCAUAGUUGGAUCGUGUAUAUUUUACUUCCAAAGGAGAGAAUGUCAGAAAGUUCUGUAUUUUUUUAUAGUCUAUAUAUUAGGUAGGUCAAUCUUAAUUGGUCUCCAGAGGAAGAACUGUCUGUAAUUUUCUGUAAGUAGGAUACUAUGAGGAAGACCAAAAAGAGAUAUGGAAGCUCCCUUGCUCACGAAGCCUAAGCUUGGCCCUUUUCUUCUCUGCUUGGUUCUGGGCCACCACCUGGGACCAACCCUUAUCUCUGAAACCUUUAUGUAGCAGGUCAGCCUGGUCUGAUUGUCUCUGUACCUGAAGGGAGCAAGGACGACCCCAGGGUGUGGUGAAGUCACCACUCUAGUUCUUACUGCUGAGCAUCCUGCUUAUUCAGAAAACCCAGAAAGCCGCCUGCCUUCUCAGAUUCAGUCUCAAAGGCCCUCGUUCACGUAAUUACCACACAUGGCUGCCUCUCCUGUUACCACAGAAACUUAGCAGCCUCAGGACUUUUGUGAGAGUUGUUGGUGUCUUCCCUGUUUGGGAUCCUUGUACCUGGUUUGGGUUUUGCCCUCGUGACAAUUUUAAUCCUAAAAUUUUUCUUUUUUUUCUUUUCUCUUUGUGUAAAGCUGGCACAGUGCCGCAGUGGCUUACUUACGGAUUUCAUAGGAGAGUAACGCCCAGUUGUUGGGGAUGGGCGUGGAGGGAGUUGUCAGCUAAGUGUAGACCAACUGUGAGAAGGCACAGUCUGCCCUGCCCACUUCCCCCCAAGGUCAGUUAGUCAGAGGUGCCUUGCUCCAAGCUGUAUUUUCCCUUUCCAGAAACAAUGCCAUUCUUGCCCCGUUCCUACACAUCCCCUCUGGCUCAGGUGAAAUCCAUGCCCCUCUGCUUGCAGAUCUGAAGUUCAGGUACUCACUGUGAGCCAUUGGUCUUGAAUUUGCCCUCUCCUCCUAAUGUUGAGAUCCAACCACACAGCCAUUUUCUGAGAAAGGUGGUUUAGAGCUAGAGCUUAUUACUGAAGUCACACCAGUGCUCUACCGCCUUAGUGAGUCACAUGUUACUCUUCACCUUGGGAAUAAUGACUGUCAACCCCCAGUCUCCCAGGUAGGCAAGAGGCAGGACCUUUUUCACCUGGUUGCUGACUCCAUUACAGAACGAUUCUCCUGCAGUUCAAAGAAAAACCCCACCCUCACCCUUACCCCCAUCUUUGUCCAAAGGGCAGAGCACUUUAAUAGAUCUACUUUGUACAUCUCAAGCAAUAGUUAAGUCCCUGACAUUGGGGCCAGGUUCUGACUGUGAGACAUACACAUCCUGCUUUUCCCAACUAUUCCUCUAAAGCCUACUUUCCCUCCAGGGGCCCUGUACCAGAUGGAAGACUUCUGAUUCUCUGGCUGCUGCUUAAAGCCAGUUUCCUCCAAGGACUUCAAAGGCUGAAGUCUCCCAGGGCACACUUGAGGACGGAUUUCUUAUCAGAUAAAAGUGGCCUCCAGGAGCUUUCCUUUUCAGUGUCUUCCUCAGCUCAGUUUCCCAUUAUCUUCCUCUACCCCCCUUUCAGUCAACAGGUGAAGUUCUUCCAGCCCACAGAGGCAGUCAUAUCAUCUUUUGUGUGUCUCCUCUCCUUUGGCCAUCUUGGGAAGCAAAAUACUACUUCUAUAACCCAGGCUUGACAGACACUCUUCAUGGGCAGCUCCCAUCUGGACUCCAGACCCUGGCCUAGGUGCAGUCAAGGGCUUUCUGGUAGAUUUCUGAAUGCUGUUACAGGGAUGCAGGGGCUGCCAGCCUGCUAUAGGGAAUAGCCUGAUAAGAUGUUUUUGAAUCUUCAUAUGUUGGCACAGGGCUAGUAUAUCCAUUUUAAGAUCUGUGGUGGGAGUGGAGGUAUCUAGGUGUGGAUUAAGGGGACAAGGAGCCUUUUUCUUAGCUAAAGUGUUCAACUACUGUUUUAAACAGUGCCAGCUAUUCUUUUUUGCCAGUCUCUCUGGGCAUCUCAUCCCUAAAUCAUCUCCUUCAAUACUAACAGGGUCUCUGGUCUUAGAAGCCUGCCUUCAUUUCUGAGCUCUCCCCAGUGAUUGCCUGGCCUUGGUGUUGGCUGCACCUUCUGGUAGAACCACAUGGGUACCACCCUCAGCUGGCUAUCCUGGAUACUUGGGGCAUUGGGUACAAAUGAUCCUUUCAAGAAGCAGGUAUUGAUGACCUCAGCUUUCAGGGACCCUUGAUGGUCCCCCUUAGCUAGGACCUUUAGAUCUACUCCUUCUACUCUCUUUGCGCUGGAAGCCACUUUCCAGGAGCCCAAUUUUUGGAGCUGAACUGCACAGAUUGUAGCUCCUAUUAUACUUAGUCAGGGAGAGCAAAAGAAGGCGCUCAGGCACAGACUUUAUUUCUUUCAAGCCAAACCAGCUUAAAAUGAAAACCGUCUACAGAAUGAAAUGGAUUUCCAUUUUCUUGUGUCUACCUGCUUCCCCCCCUGUAUCCUAGAGUUACUCCUGUUUCUAGCAAACUAGUAAGGGAAGGGCAUAAAUGCCUAGCAAUACUUCCCUCAUUCCAUAUAACCCCCUUUGAAUGCCUCAGCUCGUAUGUUCAGGCCACAUCUCUUCUCCUCAAGACUCAACUUGGUAUCCAUCAUCUUGGGUGUUCCUCUGUAGAUUCAUCUUGUAGGCUCAGAUUCUGGAUUCUCCAGGUCCCUAUAGGCACUACAGGGACCCGGAGGGAAAGCAGGCUGGCUGGGGGCCUCAGGAAUGUGUGUUACUGUCUGCCUCCCUGGCAGUCUGGGAAAGGGUGCAAGGCUCAGUGCACUGAACCAUAGGAAAUGCUCAUAAGCAAUGGCAACAUCUUCCAGGUAGGACUAUCCUAGAAGUGAGUGUGAGACUGAGAAAUCGCUCAGAGUUAGGUUUCUUCCACAGCCGUUUUAGGAUUCUAGACCAAUCUUGUUCAGUAUUUUUUCUGUGUCUUAACUUUUGGAUUCUUUUGUUAAGCCAACAAGCUGAGAACUAGCUGCUCUUUGGCCAAGGCCUUUAUAAAUGAUUCAGUCAUCCGGUUGUCUACCCCCCAACCCCACCUCCAGAUUAAGACCAUAGCACGGGAAGAAUUUGAGGUCAGUACCAACCAAGUCUGUGAAUUAAAGCUGUUACUUUUCCUCAGAGGGCAUUUUGCAUCAUGCCUGGGCUAUUUACAGAACCAAAACUAGGUAUGAGAGAAGAGGCAGCAUUAAAUUUGGGGCCCAGAACACCCCAAGACAAAGGUUUGUGUAGUGUGUUAUAAAGGUCUUCAGUGAGUUUGGGCCUACCUCGCUACUUCUGGGCCAGCCUGACUGAUGUCCAUAUUAGCACAUACCUGAACCCCUCAGCUAAAUGCUAGCCCUGCUCCCACGUGUAGGUCAGAUUUUCAGCCCCUGGGUUUGGGAAAAGCAAAUCCUGCCAUGCCCUGGGGGCAGUGAAGGAAGUCAAAGGUCAUAUCCGGAGACUGGCUGGGAACCUCUGACUCAGAAUGGCCUUAAAGAGUCCACCUCUCUGAGAACCCUCAAGCCUUGUAGUUGGGUAUGGGCUCUUUUAGCCCACUUUUGGGGGAAUUGCCUUUGACUGAACCACUAAAGCAAAGGGGAUAGGAGGUCCCAGCCACCCAAUACAAACCAGAUGUCCCUCAAAAAUAGCUUGGGUUUCCAGCUACCGAUCUUAGGAAGGUGAAUCAAACCAAUUUUCCUCACUGGUUUUUCUUUGCAGUUCAUUUGCUCUUAGUUUUCCAAGAACUAUAAACUCUGACUAUUUUCCAAGUUCUCAGGGCCCCUGGGUAGACAGACAAAGCUUGAUUUCAGAGCAGACAUAGGCCAAGAAACCGAGGCAUUGAGUGUGCUGAGUCCAGACAAAUGAUAUUUAUAUACACAUCCAAAUUUGAAGAGAAAAUGUUAUUUCUUUAGGUUUCAAACACUGUAAUAGAUAUAAAGCAAAAAUAAAAACCUGUUGCAAAGUUCUAAA